AUGAAUCUUCUCUCGUGUCUGGGACGUCAGGGUGGCGGUGAUGGUGAACCCGCUGAUACUCCUAAUAUUGAUAAAUUAAGAGGUUUUCUUGAUCGUUUUAAACAAGAUCCGAAUAGUGAAUCAUCAUUUAUCAAACGACCGAGUUCAACUGAGCUCUGUCAAUGGACAAAAAAGGUUUGUGAGUAUAUGCCAAGCGCAACCGAUGCAGCUGCUGCCAAUGGUGAUGAUAUCCGUCCGAUGAAGCAACAUUUUUCAGUAAUUAAACAAUUUUAUGAUACUGUACAACAAGCAGGAUUUACACAGAUGCCACCUAUUGUGGAAACAUUCUUAUCAAGUAUACAAAUUUACGAAACUGUAUCUGGUUUAGCUUGUGUUAUAUUUGCUGAACAUCCUCAUAUUCUUAGCGCCAUUGAAAAUCAACUAAACGAAGCAAUAGAAGCUGUAACACAGCAUGGAAGUAUGGGUGUACUUGGCCUGUUGUGUUGUGGUUCAGGAAUGUUACUUGGAAGGUUUAAUACAUUUCUUCGAGCAAUCGAUGAAAAACUAGGUGAACUUGGUGUUGGCCGUGUACUUGAUUUUCUUGGACAAUUAAUCGACGUUUUUUGCAGAUUCUUUAAAAUUGACAUGGCUAAUAUAAAUGAUUUGCAAAAUAUAGCUCAGAAUGUUCGAACUCUUAUCGAUCAAGUUGGUCAACAAUUCAGCUCACUUUUUGGUCGAUUAGCUGUUACAGGUGAUAAAAAAUCAAGCGAUGAACGAUUUGCUCCUUUGGAAAUGACGGCAAAAAUCCAUAAAAAGAUUUCAAAAUUUGGUACUAAAGCACCCGUUGUCGAAAAAGCAUUAACUUCAUUUGAACGUUUUUAUCAAGCAGCUAAUAAAGUUGAUGAUAAUUUAAUUCAAAAACAUGGAGAAAAAGUUGCUGCACAAGCUGUCGCUACAGCUGAUUCGAAGGAACCUGCAUUAGCCAGUAGUAACUCUGUAGAGGUUGACGUAACUCGAUCAGAUGCUAUUCAAGUAGCUGCCAAAAAUACAGUUAAAGAAGUUGGUUUAAUUGGAAAUAUGAUGCAGAACAUUGAAUUGGUAUUAACAUACGGUAUACUUGCUUUGAAGAACGAAGAUGAUGUUUUACAACCAUUAUCAAAUCAUGUGGAUGAGUGUACACAAAUUCUUGAAAAAUAUUCCCAAUUACAUCCAUUAUAUAAGCUUAUAUGUGGAGGGAAUUAUUUAAGUAAAUUACGCGUAUUUAUAAAUAAAAUUGUUGAUUUAUUAAAAAAUUCAAAAUUGAAAUUAAAUUCACCCGAAGAAUUUUUACAAGAAAUGAAAGAACGUUAUCCAGAAUUGUUACGUAUGCUAGCUGAAGAUAUUAUUCAAGAUAAAUUUAAAAAGCAUAUUACGGAUAAAUUGCCAGAUGGUGUUGAUGAUAUUUUAGAUGGUGCUAUGAAAAAUAUAUUUGGUAAAAUAAGCUCGAAAUUUUAA